AACAUUUUUUCUUUGACAAAAUCCAUUUUGCCCUAUGCCACCGAAGCACUCUCCCCCAUUUUCUAGCUCAGUCUCGCUCGUAGUGCUUCCAUAACUCAACCUCAGCUUCCACAAAAACCCUAAAUCUGAAAAAAAGAACCUAAUUUUCCACUGAAAUUGAAGAAUCAGACAAAAUGGGAACCCUUGGGAGAGCCAUAUACACUGUUGGAUUCUGGAUUCGAGAAACCGGUCAAGCAAUUGAUCGCCUCGGUUCCCGUUUUCAAGGGAAAUAUUACUUCCAAGAGCAGCUGUCUAGGCAUCGAACUCUGAUGAACAUAUUUGACAAGACUCCUCUGGUUGAUAAGGAUGCAUUUGUUGCCCCAAGUGCUUCCGUCAUCGGUGAUGUUAAAAUUGGAGGUGGAUCAUCAAUUUGGUAUGGAUGUGUCUUGAGAGGUGACGUGAACAGCAUCAGUGUUGGUAGCGGAACCAACAUACAGGACAACUCCUUAGUGCAUGUUGCGAAGUCAAAUUUAAGUGGAAAGGUGUUGCCUACUAUUAUUGGAGACAAAGUUACUGUAGGUCAUAGUGCUGUUCUACAUGGUUGCGUCGUUGAGGAUGAGGCUUUUGUUGGUAUGGGUGCAACACUACUUGACGGUGUUGUUGUUGAGAAACAUGCAAUGGUUGCUGCUGGAUCCCUUGUGAGACAGAAUUCAAAGGUUCCAAGUGGAGAGAUAUGGGCAGGCAAUCCAGCAAAGUUCCUGAGGAAGCUCACUGACGAAGAGAUAGCUUUUAUCUCCCAGUCAGCCACCAACUAUACUAACCUCGCUCAGGUGCACGCAGCAGAAAAUGUGAAAUCAUUUGAUGAAAUCGAGUUUGAGAAGGGGUUACGAAAGAAGUAUGCACGUAAGGACGAGGAGUAUGACUCAAUGCUCGGUGUUGUCCGUGAGAUUCCUCCAGAGCUUAUUCUUCCAGAUAAUAUCCUACCGAAACAACAAGAAAAGUCUCUUAAAAUUUGAGGUCUUCAAUAGAACUCUUUUUCGAAUUCCAAUCCUGAAAGGACACCAAGGAAUAUUGUUGUUUUGUUCAAAUUCAUGGAAGAGGGAUUAUUUUCACUUCCAAUAAUACCAAACAUGUUCUAGGCUAGAGUAUGACUCCUUUCCAGAGGACCCAGGAGUCAAAACAUUUCCAUAAUGUUUCAAAUUCCGUUAUCUAGUCUGAGAAAGGUAAGACUUCUGAAAGAUGGUGUAUUUGCAUCUUUGGCCUUUUGAUGUAUUCAUUGCAAGUCAAUGUCACAUGUUUGUUGAUGAUCUUUAUGUUCAAGACAUAAACAGAUCAUAAUUUAUUCUUGUUCACAUUAUUAGUAUAAGAGGAUGAUGAUGUUUUUUUUUU